CCAUUGCAUGUUAAACGUCAGCCUGGAGCGACGCAUGGCACUUACUACUAAAGCAGUUUACAAGCGUUGUGCCGUAUUUUCCUUCUGGAAACGUGUCAGCAACGGACUCAUUCUGCCUCGGUUAGGUACAUGCUAAUACGGCCAUUAUUAGGACUUUAAGGCUGCUGUCAUCUUGGAGACUCCCGGGGAAAAUGGAAUCGUUUCUACGGAGCUCUCACGAUGCGCUGAAGAGUUUCAGCAGAGAGAGCCCAGGCUUCCAUGUGGUCAUGGGAAAUGAGGCAUGCGACCUGGACUCCAUGGUGUCAGCCGUUACUUUUGCCUAUUUUCUGUCCAAGACGCUGGAGCCGGGAAAGGUGGCGGUGCCUCUUCUCAACAUCCCGCGGGCGGAAUUCCAGUUGCGGUCGGACAAUGCUUUCCUCUUGAAGGAGUGCAGCCUCGCUCAGAACCUGCUGGUGUUCCGUGACGAGAUCAAUCUUCGUGCUUUGCACAAGGCGAAACAGCUGACCCUAACGCUGGUGGACCAUAACGUCCUCCCCAGUGGAGAUGCUGCUCUGGAGGAGGCCGUGGUGGAGGUGAUCGACCACCACCUCCUCGAGAGGAAGCCCUCGCCUACGUGCCCAGUCACCGUGGAGACGGUGGGCUCCUGCGCCACGCUGGUGACGGAGCGGAUCGCGCAGAGGGCCCCAGAGGUCCUCGACCAACAGGUGGCCCAGCUCCUAUACGGCACCAUCGUGUUGGACUGCGUGAACAUGGCACCCGAGGCUGGGAAGGUCACUCCCAAAGAUAGCAAGUAUGCCAGCCUCCUGGAGUCUCGCUUCCCAAACCUGCCACCAAGAGGCGCCCUUUUUCAGUCCCUUCAGACUGCCAAGUUUGAUGUAUCGGGUCUCACCACUGAACAGAUGCUGCUCAAGGACAUGAAGGCUACCUCCAGUGGUGACCUUAAUCUGGCUGUUAGUGUUGUAUACAUGACACUAGAGGCUUUCCUCCAGAGACGUGGCCUGCAGCAGGAGCUGUGUGAGUUCUGUCACAAGCACAAAUACAAUCUGCUGGUAGCCAUGACUAUCUCCUUCAGUGAAAACAAAGAGCCGUUCCGGCAGCUUGCGGUCUACAGCUCCAGCACUCUUUACCGGGAGGAGAUGAGUCAAGCCUUGGACAAAGCUCAGAAUCCCAGCUUGGAACUCUCUCCUAUGAGCAGCCCGUACUCUGACGUCAAGGCAUACAUCCAGGGCAACACACUGGCGUCUCGCAAAAAGGUUUUACCCAUCAUCAAGGACUUCCUCAAGUCCUGGGAGAAAAGAAUUGCCCCCUCUGGAAACCUGGAUGAUUUCGGAGACCUGGAGGGUGUCUGCUGCCCGGGGAUGGAAGAGGGCGGUCAGUACCACUCUCACCGGUGCACAGAGGACUCUGGCAUGGAGGAGGACUCGAACGUGCCCCCAACACCCAUGAACAGCCUAGUGGAAGGCUGCCCACUGGACGACGGCCUUCCCAGGAUCAGCGAGGAGGCCAUAACGGAGAAGUUCAGCAAGAUGGCUAGCCAGGAGGACCCGGAGGACGAGACAACAGGGGGAUUGUGAGUCUCCACAACGUGGACCUUCUGCCCACCUCACAUCUGGUCCGAGGAAUGGGAGUCCGCGCGGACCGGCAGGGUCUGCUAUGGGACUUGUGGGAUUGUUUUGGCCUGACCCUGACUGCAUGUGUGUAGUAUUGACCUGCAUGAGUAACACAGAGGACGACGACAUGGAGGAGCAGCUUGACUGUCAACGCAGGUCAAACAGAGGUCAGGCGGAGAUGCUUGGACUUGCUGCAGAUGAUGUGAUCUAAUUGUGAAUGACGACACAAAGCAUAAUUGCUCAGCGUUUAAGACAUCUACUCUGUUGUUGUUUUUGCCUGAGUGUAUGGCCCUUAUGGUAUGUAUCUUCAGAUACAUAAACCACCCUAACAAGUGUCCUGAAUUCAGUUAUCCAGUUAAGCUUAGCGUUUUAUUUAGACUUGAUGUUUUCUUUUGACAUCCAAGGUUAGGUUAAAUGACCAGAUCAUGGUCUGCAUUAAAGGGAUGUACAUUUAGAUGAAGGUGAGGAUGAUUAGCUUUGUGAGAGGAUUUGAUUGCCCUUCGCUACCUUCUAUUAUGACCCUCUAGCUUUAAACCUUGUGGAGCCUUUCCGAAGUUUGUGAUAUUUUGAAAUGUGGUAGUACCGAAACCCAAAACAUCUGCUUUAAUCUUUAGAUUGAUUUAAACAUAUUUAUGGAGGUUCCUACCAGUGUAGCUAUAUUCGCUUUGCGUGUGAAGAAUGGCUCAAAGGGCCUGCAGUACACAUUUUGAGGUACAAUCGUGUGAUCCUAAGUACAAAGGGUGCCAAUAUCCAUGGUGGGUAUAUUAUAAAGGGUAUUUUCUAGGUUUCUUGUAAUGCCUUUGAUGAAAAGCAGUACAAAGAACAUAUUACUCACAAAUGUAAUUAUAUAUAUAUAUAUAUAUAUAUAUAUAUAUAUAUAAUUUGUUUGGAGAGGAGGGUUUCUUUAGAAGCAAUUAACGAGACGUGAAGGUUUAGUAUACGCAUCCUGGCGUGCCAUUCUGGACCAGAGAGCGGCUUUAACUUUUUAAGAUCAGAGCAAUGAAGCCUAUGGUAAGAUCAGUGCUCCAUGAUUGCUUUGAACAUAGGCAGUGGCACCAGGCUGUUCUGUCUGAAUGACGGAUACGUCUGCUACAACAUGUUAUGUUUUGCGUGCAUUAUCCAAAGGAAACAUGAGUACGAAUUGAUAAUCUUGGAAAAAAUCAGUGUUUUACAGGGUGAACUUUAAAUUGAUUUUUUUUUAUUAUGACAUACCUUGAGUAAUGUUUAAAAAUGACAGUGUUUCACUUUGAUUAAGUGAUCUAUAUAAUUUAUAUAGCAUGUACAAAUGCUAAAUCGGGGAUUCAAUUGUCUUAUAUAUGGUACUUAUGUACAUGCAUUUUGAGGGGCAGCAAGACAAUGUGACUGUUCCCGGCAUCUGCUUAUUUCUCAGUUACUUCACCAGCCAAUAUUGGGUGGACGGUAUUUCUUGAACUGAACUGGUCAAGUGUCAAGUGUUAUCUAAUGACCAAAAUAUAGCUGUUUAUCUGUUUAUCCAUAAAUUGUACACACCUUACCAGAUAGUUUUACAGGACAAUCAUUCAUAAGCCAAUGAUUUACCACUACAUGUCAGACUUAAUUGUUGUUGCCUCAUUUAAAAUUGUGCAAAUGUUACAAAAUGUAUCGUUCUCCAGAUGUGCUCAAUUACAAUUUCAGUAUUAAAUGAUUUUUAACACAAA